AUGACGCAACCAUCUACUAUCACCUCGCGCUUCCUCACCAACCCCAACCACCUAGGUGUGGUCGCCGUCGGAUUCAAUGGCGGACAGAUGAAGAAAGGCGUUGAAGCCGCCCCAAUGGCUCUGAUCGAAGCCGGACUCCUCACCCAGCUCCGCGAGGACCUCGAAUACGACAUCCACCACGACAACAUCGUCCACUACUACGAGAAAGACAUCCCAGCCGAAGACCCCGAUCACCGAAACAUGAAGAAGCCUCGCGCCGUCAGCGCUGUUACUGAGCGCCUCAGCUCCCAAGUCUACAACUACGCCAAGGACGGCAAGUUCGUCCUGACUUUGGGCGGCGACCACUCCAUUGCCAUUGGCACCGUCUCAGGCACAUCCAAGGCUAUUCGUGAGCGACUGGGCCGGGAGAUGGCUGUUAUCUGGGUCGAUGCCCAUGCCGACAUCAAUGUUCCUGAGAUGAGUCCUAGUGGAAAUAUCCACGGCAUGCCUAUGGCCUUCUUGACCCGGCUGGCACGGGAGGAUAAGCCCGAUAUCUUUGGCUGGUUGAAGGAUGAGCACAUCGUUAGCACCAGCAAGUUGGUGUACAUUGGUCUGCGGGAUGUGGAUCGUGGUGAGAAGAAGCUUCUUCGGGAGCAUGGGAUUAAGGCUUUCAGCAUGCACGAUAUUGAUCGUCAUGGUAUUGGUCGUGUCGUCGAGAUGGCUCUGGCUCAUAUUGGCAAUGAUACCCCCAUUCACCUGUCAUUCGAUGUUGAUGCGCUGGAUCCCCAGUGGGCGCCCAGCACUGGUACCCCUGUUCGUGGUGGUUUGACUCUGCGUGAGGGCGAUUUCAUUUGCGAAGCCGUACACGAGACAGGCAACCUAGUGGCUAUGGACCUGGUGGAGGUGAACCCCAGUCUGGAGUCAGUUGGCGCGGCAGAGACUAUUCGUGCGGGAUGCUCGUUGGUUCGGAGUGCACUUGGUGAUACCCUUCUGUAA